UGCGGGUAUUCUGCUGCCCGAUGCCGGAAGGCACCGUCGACGAACGGGCAAAGCCGGGUCAAAAUCACCUUUCAUAUAUGUUUAAUUUCCGUUAAAUGGUAAGUAACUACCUAGCUGCCACAAACGUUCCCGGUACGGUCGCUGCUUUUACCACUGCCGCCCGCGUCACACCGAGGAACGAGGGAAUAAAUAAGAAACUUUAUGGAUGUAUCUGCUAAAAAUAGAGAGAAUCAUCGAAGAAAGCGAUGCUAACCAGUGGCUAACGGACGCCGAAGCGAACAUCAUUGCCGGCAUCAUCAGAGUCACGAUUAUCACCAUGAAAAGUUGUCAGUUAACGUGUCGAACGUACGUUGUGCGGGGCUGCGAGAUCUGAAGUGCGAUCAUCACCAGCGCUGUUUUUAUUGCUGUCCACAAGCAAAAGUUUUUCUGCCGCCGCCACUGCUGUCGCCGUACAGGAAGCGCGGCUCAUAAAGAGGAACCAAUGAUAGAUUCGAACGAUGUGAAAGCGAAUGCUCGAACUGUGCGUCUGCGUUGUGUUCGAAAAACUAUGAAUAUCAAACAACGUUGCGUGUUUGUAUUUGUUUGUGAGCCUGUUUGUUUAUAUAAAGAACCAUUCAAAUGUUUGGCAGAGUAAUAAAAGUACCAGCAAGUAAAUGGCUGGAUAAGGAGUAUUUGUAUAAUGUUAGUAGCUUUUCGUGGUGCCCGCAAUCAACAGCUGACGUUGUAAUUGGCGUCGCCGUCAAGUUCUUUCGUCGUUCGUCUUCAAAAGCAUUUCAUUAUAAUAUAAGUGAAAUAAUUUUUAGCGAGAGAAGGAUCCGGAUGACGAUACCUGUUUAUUGUUUUCGUUAGACGUACCGGGUGUUGGUUACUUUUAGUUAGACGGAGCGUAUUUAUUUCUAGCUUAUUUGCUUCAAUGUUUUUAUUGUAUAUCGUCCAAUGUCUGCAAUAAGCUAGCUACUCGAAUGGGUAUUGUGCACAAACUAUUGAUCAUUUGACAUAUUGUCAAGCCAUAUAUAUAUAUAGACAUGGUAACAGCAGGAAAUAUCAUUGAUUUUGCUGCGCCUUGUUCAUGGCUCUUUCCGCUGCAUCAAAAAGUUUUUUUCGUACUCCGUUGUGCGUAGCUGGCUAUAUGCGACAUGUGAUCCAGUUCAUAUAUAUAUAUAUAGGCAGUCAUAAACCUGAAAAACGUCCUCUUGCGUGUGUGUAGUUCUCAUAGUGCGCAAAACACAUUAUGUACUUUUCGAGGCACGCAUGUAAACGUGCGUGCCUCGAAGGUGCUUCAUAAAAACCGCUGCUCUGCUCCGCUCCGCUAUCUGCACGUUCAGCUUGAAGAGCCUACAACUUGGAUUCGAUGAUUAGAUGCUAGCACGCAUUAUCCUUGGUCUCCUAACUUGAAAGUUAUUAAAGGAUGUGCAGUCUUUAAGGUUCGUGAUGAUGCACGGUCAGUUUAAGGUGAGCUUACACAUCGCUUGAGGACGCCGGCCGAGAGGCACCUCUGUAGAGCUACAACUACAAGACGCACGCAAGUAGUAAUUAGUUCAUUGAUCAAUGAAUUUAUGUGCUCCUUUGUUCAGCCAAAAAUUGCUCACAAUGAGGGAAAUUAUCAACGUUCACAUUGGCCAGGCUGGCGUUCAGAUGGGGGCCUCUUGCUGGGAGCUAUACUGCCUUGAACACAAUAUCAACAUUGACGGUACGCUCAAUGAAGGCGGUGAUCCGACUCCAAGGGAUUCAAGCUUUGACACCUUCUUCUCGGCUACCAACGACGGGCAAUAUGUACCACGAGCGCUUUUCGUGGAUCUCGAACCAACGGUCAUAGACGAGGUCAAAACUGGAAAGUUCAGAUCUCUAUUCCACCCUGAGAUGCUGAUUACUGGCAAAGAAGAUGCGGCUAACAAUUAUGCGAGAGGGCACUACACAGUAGGUAAAGAAGUCAUCCAGCCAACAUUGGACAGGAUGCACAAGAUGGCUGAUCAGUGCGAUGGCCUUCAGGGAUUCCUUAUCUUUCAUUCAUUCGGAGGUGGGACCGGUUCGGGUUUUACGUCUCUCCUCAUGGAGGGUAUAGUACAGGACUUCGGCAAAAAAUGUCGGUUGAGCUUUACAAUCUAUCCAGCCCCGCAGGUGUGUACUGCUGUUGUCGAACCAUACAAUUCGGUCUUGACAACACAUGCUACCCUCGAACACGCCGACUGCGUCUUCAUGAUGGACAAUGAGGCCAUCUAUCAGAUCUGCCGUCGGAACCUUGGAGUCGAGCGACCGGCGUACCAGAAUCUCAACCGUCUGAUCAGUCAGGCCGUUUCGGCGAUUACCGCUUCUCUACGUUUCUCCGGAGCGCUGAAUGUUGAUCUUAACGAGUUCCAAACUAAUUUAGUUCCAUACCCGCGAAUCCAUUUUCCCCUCGUCACUUACGCUCCGAUCAUUUCUGCUGAGAAGGCUCACCACGAGCAGCAUAACGUACUCGAGAUCACCAAUACCUGCUUCGAGCCGGCCAAUCAGCUGGUCGUUUGUGAUCCCCGGAGCGGCAAGUAUAUGGCGUGCUGCCUCUUAUACCGCGGCGAUGUUGUACCGAAAGAUGUGAACGCAGCGAUUGCAGCCAUCAAACAGAAGCGUACAAUACAGUUCGUUGACUGGUGCCCAACCGGCUUUAAGGUUGGUAUUAACUAUAAGCCGCCAGCGGUAAUUCCUACAGGCGAUCUUGCCAAGGUACCGCGCGCCGUCACGAUGUUGUCGAAUACGACUGCCAUUGCCGAAGCCUGGACUCGUCUGAACCACAAGUACGACUUAAUGUACCAGAAGAGGGCGUUCGUCCACUGGUAUGUUGGCGAAGGCAUGGAGGAGGGUGAGUUCUCUGAAGCUCGCGAGGACUUGGCCGCUUUGGAGCGCGAUUACGAAGAAAUCGGCUCCGAUUCGAAUGUACCAGGCAAUGACGAGGAAGCUGAAUUUUAGAACGACUAUUCGGUGGAUAAAUGUAAAAAGUCAGAAAAAGAUCAAACAGAGAUGUACUGAGAUAAACUAUAUGAAUGGCCGAUAGGCCAAGAGCACAUGUCUAAUAAUGCUAACGUAUAUAUAUAAAAUUUUUUAUAUCUAAUAUUUGUCUGAAGUACAAGCUUGUAAACCUCUCGACGAGUGGUGCUCUCAUAGCUUGCGACCGUUUUUAUCAUUUCCAUAGUCAUAGCAGAUUGUAAUAUGUAUAUGUAGCUAGCUUAGGCACUGUAGCCGAUCACUAUACAGCGACGUACAUUUUAUAACAGAUGGUCAUUAAUGCUAUAUAUUCCAGAACCGAGUUUAGACCUAUAAACUGUUUCCUUUCUACCUGUGCGGCAACCAAAGUUUGACAUCCUUUCAGUUCAAUUGUUUGUUUUAUUCGAAACAUUCGUUGUAUUUGCUAUAAGAUAUGGGGACCCAGAUUGUUGUGAUGAAUAGAUGAUCGGAAAAAUAUUUUCCCCACUAUAUCUUUGUUAAUGAUAUUCUGUAUUCAGGUAUAGAAACUUGUUUGAUUUAUAAGAUCUUCAAAAUAUUUAUUAAUAAAAUAAAUAAAAACACA